AUGCAUUUCACCAAGCCGGCUCUCGUCGCUGCUUCUUUCUUAUGGGCUACCACCUUUGCCUCUCCCAUUAACUCUCCAACCAAACUCAGAACUAGAGGACUCAUCGGUGGCUCCACAUCCGAUGAUAACACGAAAAGUAUUGCAGGAAGUACCACUGCCGGCAAUGCUGUAGGAAGCGAGGAUACAAAAAUUGCUUCAGGAAACAAUGCUGUCGAAGAUGCUGUAGGAAGUCUCAAUUUAGACGGUAUUACAGGAGGCCUUAGUGCCCGCGAUGUUUCAAGGCUUCGUCAUGACCACGAGGAUGCAGAAAGCAAUUUUUUCAGCGAUUCGCAUGAGGUUAUCGACAUUGUUUCUUUCAGUACUACAAGGCGUGGUAUUGUUGGCGACGAUGCAGGAGGUCUUACUGCCCGCGAUGUUUUAGGGCGUCAUCAUGGUCAUAAGAGUCAAGAAGGCGAGAUUGUCGACGAUGCACUUAAUAUUGCCGACGAUGCUACACCUGGUGGUAUUUUUGGCCGUACUACAAGGCGUGAAAUUGGCAGCGAUGAUGCGGGAGGUCCCACUGCCCGCGAUAUCUUAGGACAUCAUCGUACUCAUAAUGGUGAAGGAAACGGUAUUUCCGACGGUGCAGUUGAUGGUGCCCAAGAAACUACAAGAGGUGAUGAUUUGACCGACGCCCCACGCGGUACCGUUGAAGAUGCUGUGGAAGAUGAUACAGCAGGGCCUGGAUUUCUUACUGGUCUUCUGAGGCGUCUUGUUAUCCGCGAGAAUGACGGCGCUGUACACGAUGCAAAUAAAGCCGUACAUGAAGCCAAUAAAGCUGUUCACCAGGCCAACGAGAUUGUACAUAAUACCCUGCAUGGGUUGCUCCACGGAAUCCUACGCUGA